UGAGGGGUGUUUCUCUGCGCCGUCUGUCGGUCACUGGAGAGGCGCGCGGUCACCGUUACGCAUUUCAGCGGAACACCGAGCGCAGGAUGGCCGAGACUCACGGCGAGAUCAGCGGCCACGACUGCCGGCGACCGGCUCCGGUACAGACCUUCAACCACAGAUCCUCCAAGUGGGUCCGUUUGAACGUCGGUGGCACGUAUUUUCUGACCACCAGACAGACGCUCUGCCGGGAUCCCAAAUCGUUCCUGUUCCGGCUGUGCCAAACGGAGCCAGACCUCGAUUCUGAUAAGGAUGAGUCUGGGGCGUAUUUGAUUGACAGGGACCCCAUGUAUUUCGGGCCUGUGCUGAAUUACCUGAGACAUGGGAAGCUGGUCCUCAACAAGAACCUGACGGAGGAGGGAGCUCUUGAAGAGGCCGAGUUUUACAACAUCACAUCAUUAAUAAAACUCAUCAAAGAAAAGAUCAGUGAAAAAGAAGCCAAGAUGACACACACGCCGGUCAAGCAUGUUUACAGAGUGUUGCAGUGUCAAGAGGAAGAACUUACUCAGAUGGUCUCGACCAUGUCAGACGGAUGGAAGUUUGAGCAGUUGGUCAAUAUCGGAUCCUCCUAUAACUAUGGUAAUGAAGAUCAGGCGGAGUUCCUGUGUGUUGUUUCUAAGGAACUGCACAACCAAUCAUACAGCAGCAACACUCAACCCAGUGAGAAAGCCAAGAUUCUACAGGAACGCGGCUCUAGAAUAUGAGCAUCUAGAGCAGCUCUUUCUAGAACAUUCCAUGAGCUUGUUCUCUUCACGCCUCGAGAGCACUGGACACCUGACGCACGCAAGCAGCACGUGAAGAGCAUGUCCACUGCAAUCCAGUCUUUAUGGUGCCUGUUUAUCUGGGAUGCUUGUUUGUUUCGAGACAGGAUCUGGAGAGCUGGACCAAUGUCAAUCUCAGGGAACAAAAGGAAAUGGACAGGUCACUCUGAAUCACUGCCCACCUCUUACCACAAUCAAUACAAUCAUGGACAUACAGUGGGGUCCAAAAGGGAGAAUACUCCAAUUUUGCAUUUAAAGCGAAUGCUUUUCUUUACAAAUCUCGCAGUGUUUGGUUUGUCUCCCUUUUUCUUUAAUCAAUAACAUGAACAAAACCUGAUGGUCAUGUACUCCUCAGCGUCUGUAUAAAGAGUCACAUGAUCAAUGUCAUUUGAUUAGACACAGAUAUAGUACAUAAUAUAAAAUAUUAUGUCUUUAUUUAACACUACUUAAAAAGAGAAAAUUAUUUGAACUCUUUUUGUAAAGGUUUAAAUAAAAUAAAUAUAAAAAAAAAAUUUUUUGUGGUCGCAGACUUUUGGACCCUACUGUCCUAUGAUUUAUAUAUGCAACAAUAGUGAUUUUGAAAAUCAGUACAAAUUUGGCAAUAGCACCAUGGUUGAGCACAAAUUUUAAUGCAAGAUUUUAGUGCUGAGAAAUAUUUCUUAGUGUUGAGAUUUUAGCUACACUGCCAUUCAAAAGUCUGGGGUUGGUAAGAUUUUUAAAUAUUUUUGUAUAAGUAUAGUCUGCAUUUAUUUGAUCAAAAAUGCAGUAAAAGCAGUAAUAUUGUGAAAUUUGAUUGUCACAUGAUCCUUCAGAAAACAUUCUAAUAUGCUGAUUUGCUCAGUUUGAUAAAUAGAAAGUUUAAAACAGCAUUUAACUGAGAUAGAAAUCUUUUAUAACAUUAUAAAUGUCUUUACUGUUGCUUUUGAUCAAUUUAAUGCGUCCUUGCUGAAUAAAAAUAUUUUCUAGAAAAAAAAAUCUUACUGAGCCCAAACUUUUGUAUGAUUUUUUUACUCCUUUUAAUGUGAAAAUUAUUGCUUUUGCACUACUGCUAUUGUUAUUAUUAUUAUCAUCCAGGCAAUAUUUCAAAGGUAUCAGUGAACUGCUGUUAAGAAAUGUGUUUGUGUAUAUUAUUACUGAAUACUUGGCUGAACCUUAAAGGGAAGGAGCUUUUCUGUCUGUCAGCCAAGAGGAGAGACAGGAUAUGAAGCAUUUAAAUGACACUUUGCCUGUCCUGAUCUUGCACAUUUUGGUAUAUAUUAUAUAUCCUGUAAGGUAGCAGCGUAUGCAUUUGUAUGACUUUUGAAAAUGCUAACAUCUAAACCUGUACUGCAAAAUCACGUCACUGUAAAAUUCAAGUAGUUGAAUGUAGCGCCACGCAUCCACACACAC